GACUCCAACACAACCAGAAUACUCUCCAACACCAUCUCAACCAAUUCUAGGAUUACGUAAUUAUGAUGAUUUAAAAAAUUUUGGAUUGAAAACUUAUGAUGAUGAUAUUGACGUUAAUAAUGAAGCUUUAAUUCCGCCAUCUAUUCAUCUUAGUUGGAAUAAUUACAAUUCAGGUGUUAGUUGUCCUGAUCAGGAUAAUCUUAGACAAGCUCAAACGAUCUCCCCUAGAAUUAGUUCUUUAAAUCCAGAGGAAGCGAGACCUCAAUAUCCAAAUGUAACGAUACUUCAAUGCCUCCCCCCUUCCCCCCAAAAAAAUACAUGGAAGGAAAUGGUAAAAGUGGAAAAAUUACUACAGAUGAAAUAA